UCUAACUAUCUAAAAUGGCGGACAGACCAAGCGCACUGUCUGUGUAAAUUCGUCAAUUCUGUUGUCUUGUCUGACAGUGAAGUUGUAGGAAAAUGACGGACAGUGAAGAUGAACUUCCCCCAGAGAGGGAGGUUAAGGUAAAUCGCAUUUCUAUUCGUGGCACUUGCUAACUUAUUUUUUAACCCAGUCAAAUCCAACUGCUCUCAGUUCUCCGCCCGGGCUAACAUAACACGGAUAAACGAAUGUGCAGACCUGCCAAGCCCUGAUAAAGGAAAAUCUGGAGACUCAUGAAAAAAAUAUCGCGAUAUUCUACAAAAAGUAGUAGUGAGAUUAUAUUUUUUUACCCGAUCAAGAUUAAACGAGUCCCCUUUUCCACUGGGGGAAUUAACCGGUUCUUUAAAAUAGUACCCUGCUUUAGCUGGGUCCCUCCUGUAACAAAUUAGAUGCCUCUUUUCUUUGAUGACUUUAAGAGGUCAGAGAAUAGGUCAUCACUGGGACGAAACUUACAGCAAACAGUCGUUUCUUCCGGAUAAGCCAACUUCCUGGCUAAAAUGUUCUUACAAAGCCCCAUCAAGGAUUAAACAGGCACUAGCAUUCCCUCCGAAAUUUGUAUUUUUAUUCAAUAAGGUAACAUUUCAUUGCAGAAUGAUAUUUCCCAAAAAACUGUGAGAUUGGUUGUCUUGUCGCGAGACUGUGAAAAAAGUAAAAAAAAAUUGUGAGGCUCACGGCCGAAUCAUGAGAGUUGGCAAGUCUGGAAUGUGAAAGAUAGGACAAUCAACAUUGUUGCAAACAUGUAACAAAGAAAAAAAUCUCUAGCACUUAAAGACUACAAGGAGUCACUUAUUUUCCUUUUGAGUGAAAAUAGAUAAUUUGAGAGCUAGCCUACCCUGCGAGCAGUGGUUUCUCCAGGCCAGACGCUACUCUUCGAUGGGAAGGAAACCACUGCAAGCAACCGUUUGCUUUUCCAUCGAGUAUGCACGUCCACGUGAUGACUACGAAUAUCCGUCGACAAGACGGCAACGAGAACUUCAACAAAACGAUAGGUUUAAUAAGCAAAACAACAACUUUGCACGUGCAUCACGCUUUUAUUUUUGCAUUUCUUUGCCAUUUUUGCACGACUACGACGUGAAGAUUCCUAAUUUUGCAUUUUAUGGAUAAUGUAAACAAGGAACGAUGAAAUUUAUUCUUCUUUUCACUCUUGAACUUGGAUAUGGUCCCUUGGAAUUCAACUCCAUUUGGGUUCGCCUACAUUUGACAAAGUAAGUAGAUAGGAAUAAAUAAUCCAAAGAAAUACUGAAUAUCCACAGCAAGCACGUGUUAAGGCAGCAACUGUAAGCGUAAGCAAAUGCGUGAGAGCCUAAACUUGCUUUCAAACAGGAUUUACGUGUUUAAAAAUUGAUCUAUUCAUCCAAAGCGCUGGACAACGGCUCGAUCAAAGAAGUAGACGGGUGCUCGCAAUGGUUUCUCUCCCUUUGUAGCGUAGCAUCCGGCCUAGAGAAACCACUGCUUGCAGGUUAGAGCUACAAUUAGGGACAAAAGUGUUGACACACUUCCGGAAAAUGGCCCCUUUUUGCAUAGUGGAUCUACUUAUUCCCUUCUCCUGUCUACCCCAACCCCUUCCCCCCAAAAUCAAAGUUGAACUUUGGACCCUCAAGUCUUUUUUUUACCUCAGACAACAUUGAUUCGGGGGGUGAGGGGAUUUACGGCAUUUAAAAGGAAUGAAAUAAUAAAUGAAUUAAAUUUUUGUAAAAAGCACCUGUUUUAAACGAGUGUGUCAACUACUUUUGUCCCUGAUUGUAGCCAGUCCCAUGCAGACAUUCUUAGGGGUACAUCACGCAUUCCUUCCCCACUAACGUUUGCUGAAACAAGUAGUUAAAUUCCUCUCCCAUUGUUCACAAAUAUCAGCUGGAGCUCACAUGCAGAUUAUUGGAGAGCCAAUGGCCACUGUUGAAGUCAAAGUGUUGACAAGCCAAAUACAUUAGCUCCGGACAGGAAUAUAUUUUAGGAGAUAAGCAUUGAAGUUUUGUAUAUUUCUCUUUGUAAAGGCUGGAUUAGAUUUCAUUUGCUCAUAAAGUUGUUCUGUGGGUGAGGUAACGGCGGAGUUGUCCGUUGUAACUGAACAAAAGGCAGAAUUUUUUUUUGCACUUUAUUGUUCUGUAGUAAAGCUGACUUCCAUUCAGCAAAUUAAACCUCAGAGGCAUUUUUUUCAAUGAGAUCGUAAGGGCAGUUUUUAUAGUACAAAGGUGUGUGAGUUACCUGAGUAGUUUGUUCUAAAAGUAUAAGGUCUUCACCUUUUGAAACAUUUCUGAUCUUUUCUGGAGCUGAGUCUCACGCGAAAUUUCUCAAGGUCCAAAGUGCACUUCCCAGAUCUGGAAGUGUGGUGUAAUUGGUCUACCAUUUUUACAGCUCUAGUCCGCAGACGUUUGUGGGGCAGGAAUACGUGACGAACCUCUGAGAACAUCUGCAUAGGAGGCUAAUUGAGAGCAUGUUUGAAGGGCAUUAGAUUGAAUGUUUAUUUAUUGUUCUCUUUUUUUGUAGGAUUUUACAUUUAAACAAAUGAGAAAAAUCCGAAUGUUUGAGGCACCUGAAAGUUUGCCCACUCCUCGCUGCAGUUUACUUGCUGUGUCAUCAAAGUUUGGCCUGACAUUUGUGGGUUGCCCAACAGGUAAACUACAUGAUUGGCUGUACAGCUGUAGCAUGUGAUAUCGAAUAAUUAUGUGUUAUGAGAAAGGUUGUCAGCUGGUGGGUAGCAAUAUAUUGAAGGUUAUCCAUCAAGUGCAUGUACACUGUAGUUGUUAACAUUUAUUCAUUUUUUAUUUUUAUUUUUUUCACUUUUUUGGAAACCUUUUCUGGACAGAGAAAACAGACUUAUUCAUACCCCUGCACUUUUGCAUAUUAAUUAGUUGAAAGAUAAGUGGGUUUAUGGCAAACCUGCUUCUUAUUUGUAUUAAAGUACAUGUAAUUGGAAUACUGAGACUGAGAAAAUUGGAAUACAGUUCAUUUAAGUAGCUAUUUCAGUUUUUUGACUGUCAGUCAAAAAAAUUAACAUGUGUUUCAGCCCAAUACUCACAAGGUAUCCUUGUUUCUUGUAGAAAAGUUGACGAUGUGAAUUGACAUAUAACAGAAAUAAUAUUAAUCAUAUUAUGAACUGCAGAUAAAGAUCCUCGCAGUUGUGAAAAAUCUAAUCGAACCACUUUUAGAUAAAAGUGCAUUAAUUUCAGACUUCAUCAUUUUAUUUAGAUAUUGACCAACCAUGUUGAUAGCAUGUUUAUUCAUUGUUUUUAUGACCCUUAAAACGCUCUCGAGAUUGUAGAAUUUGUUCAAACUUUCCCAUAAUCGAGAUAACUAAGGGAGGUACAAGGUCCUUAAGCAAUUUCUGAAAAAAAUACUUCUGGUACUGAGAAAUAUAAAGGCUGUAAUGUCAUGAUUUACAUAAUGUAAUGUAUAUGUUAUAUACUGUAAUGAUUUACGUAAUAAUUUGUUAUCAAAUCAUGCUGAUGACACUUGAUUGACUAUAGUAUUCAUUGCAUUGCAUUAUCAUUGUUAUGAUUUGUUUGUUUGUUUGUUUGUUUUAUUAUUUUUUUUUUUUUAUGUUUAAGCUUUUGCAAUACUGUAACUACAUAAUUAUAGUCAUGCAAAUAAAGCUUAUGUUGUUGGUGUUGUUGCUAGUAGAAAAGGUGAUGGUGUCCUUUCAUUGCCAUAGUAAUACCAAUGUUAAUGAAACAUGAUCACAACAAGUUUUUAUCAUCAUAAUUAUAACACAGCUGUGGUAUCCUUUUUCUGAUAUCUUUGUUAAUGCCAGCGUGCUAAAUACUCAAACUCAAGAGGUACAUCCCCUCUAAAAAAUCCAGUGUAGCCACCUUUAAAAAAAACAACAACAUCAAAGAUUAGACUGGAGAAGUUCAUAAAGAUCAAACAAUAUGAAAAUGAAUAUUCUUAAAAUACUGAACAGUGAAUGCUCUUUUACACUGUAAUUUAUUAUGUUUUUAGGAGUAAAGGUGAUUAAAACAGAAACCAUUGAGACGAUAAAUGAGUCUGUAGAAGGCAGUAUGCAGAAUGUUGGUACGUAGAAUGUGCACACUAAAAAAUAUGUUUGUUGUCCUUCCAUGAAAAGAUUUAGUGGUUAAUUGGGAUAAAAUUACUUGGUGCAGUGUCCUUAAUGACAUUCUUUUAGUUACAUGUAUUAUGGUGAUAUUAUUAUUUUAAUAACUGAUCAUAAACUGGUGUACAUCAACGUCAGAAGAUGUAUAGAACAUUGUGUGGGUCCUUCACACUUAUUCAACACUGUAACAGUGAAUCCUCCAUCUUUGUCCCAGCUGAAAGUGAAUGUCAAUACACCAAUAUAUAAUGAAGCCUUGUUGUGACAAAGGUGUUAAUUUUGUCAGUCCCAUGGCCCUUUUUAAUAUGAAGGUUAAACAAUGUACCUGAAGAGAACCUGGAGUAAAGGUGGAAGCAGGCGAAAUUGUCUACAGUGUAAUGACUAUUGUGAUACAAACAGUAAACUACAAAGCCCAAUGGCACCCAAACUACCAUGAAUAUAGUUGUACCUCCUUUAAUGGGCCACCUAUUAAGUGCACACCCUCUAUGAAAAACCCAGUUAUCAAAGUCCCAAAAUUUAUUGUAGAUUCUAUAAAAUGAAACCUUUAUUAAUGGGGCACCUCCAUUAAGCAUGCAUGGCCUCCUUUUGGCCAUCCCAAUGAGAAUAAUUGUCCUAUUGUCUUCACUUCUAUGAAGUGGUUCUCGAAAUGUUUAGUCUGGCUUUAUUUUAAAAAUAUCAACAAAAAUGCAGUCCCAGAUGGAAGGUGAGCUGGACUGAUUAAACUCCAGUAAUGCCAGGCCUUGCAUCAUAUGUUUUUUUGAGAGUUCAUUCAUUCUGCUGAAGGUUAUGCUGCUACAGGAUGUAUGACAAACCUCUGCUGAGCGGCCAACAUGCAUUAAGUGGCUACUCGCCCCAGCAUACCACUUGGGUGGCCGCUUAAUGAAUGUUCAAUUAUUGUAAUACCUUUCAUGAAAUUACAUGUACAAAGCACUUAUUUUCAGGUUAGACCAGUAUUGAACCUAGUUUAAAUCAAAAUUUCCUUUGUUUUCUCACCCUGAUUAUUCAUAGGAGACAAAGAGAAAGUACGAUAUUAUAUUAAUUAUGAAUAAAUAUUAAAAAUAAAUUACCUUUACCCAUACAGUAUAGAAUUAGUUUUAAUAAUUACUGUUUCUUGUCACUUUUUAGUUCAGCACUGUAAAUCAUCCUUCAUAGAGAUUGGUCAUUCUGUUCGAUUUGUUGGUCUUAGUGGUGAUCAUUUGACAUUGUCUGUGUGUUAUGAGAAUGGUAAUAAGAAAGUGAUGGCUCUUUUUGACGUACCCACCCUUUGGAGUACUGUAAGUUGAUUUUAUUUUUUUCAGUAUCUUUUGUAGAAGAAUAAAAUGAAAACAAUAUUAUCUUAUUGAAUUUUAUCACCCUCAACAAUGAUGUCAACCAGGGCUGUCAAAAAAAAUUGAAGUAGCCAGAGGUUUGGAUAGAGUAACCGACUAUAUCAACAAGGGGCCGUUGGUCCCCUUUUCUGGGGGUAGGCUUUUGUACAUUAUGCUUUUGUUUCCCCACUAAAAUGCUCCACCUUAAUGCUCCAUUUUUCCCACUAAAAUGCUCGGUCUCCCCCAAAAAAGUCACUAAAAUGCUUGGAAAUGCUCAUCAUACAAACGUUGUUUUUUUGUUCAUUUACUCUUGAGUCUUGAAAGGUAAAACCGCUGACUUGCUCUCAGUCUCCACUCAGCUGUAUUAGGUUUUUUUGUGAAUUUUGAGUUUUAGUCUUCAUUUUCAUUAAAAAAGCAGGAGCCCAUGGCCAUGGGCUCCUCAAAAACGUUAAUUUCUAUUUUAUUUUCUCGCAAAAAAUUAAUUUUCCGGGAAAAUGCCACUAAAAUGCUUGAAUAAUGCUCAAUGCUUUUGCCUCACUAAAAUGCUCGAAAAAAUGCUAGCAUAAUGUGCAAAAGCCUGUUGGUGGGGGUCACAGCAUGUUCCGCCCCAGAAAAUUUUGAAAUUUCAAAGCCCUAAAAAUGCGAUUUUCAGUUUUUUGGGGACUAAAUUUGAGAACAAAAGAGUGUGUUUUUCAUUCAAGAAAAUGUAGCUAUUGAUUUACCAGUCACACAAUCAAUUGCUAUGAGCAAUGAACAAAUUAAUGAUGAAAACUAAAUUACGUACUUUUGCAUGUAAACAAAUUCUGCAUAAACCUGUAAGAAACUUUUGAAAAAAUGACUGAAAUAUAGCGUUCACAUGACUAAAGCAUAGAGGAAAACCAGUUGGCCUUUUGAAAAACAAAUCAUAAUUACAUUUUCAGUCAGAUUUUAUGAUAUAUUUUUUGUUUAAACCGUUAGUCAAACUAGUUGCUUCUUCUUUCUGCAAAAAAGUAGCCGACCUCUAUGAGCAAAGAAGCCGACGUGUUUCUGUCGGUGCUUAUUGAAACCCCUGUCAACUCAUGCUUAUGAGGCAAACUCUUUAUUACUGGUUUUCUUCAGCAAUUUCAUUUUAUUGCAGAACAAUUCAGAUGCAAAGUUUGGUGAAACUAUGCUUAGCAGUGAUGCAGGUACAAAAUAAUUAGUUGUCAUUUGAUUAGUAAACUUACUUUUGCCAAGAAUAUUACAUAUACAUUGCUGUAGUGUUUUCUAUUGUUUUGUUUUUGUUUUAUGUGUUUUGCCAUAGUUUUUCAUACCUUUUCUUACUGAUUUGAAAAGCCAGCAAUAUUUUAAAUUAUUAUGUGGCUACAAUAGUACAUGCUCUCUUAUUGGCUGCUAAGCCAAGAUUUUCUUGUAAUGACUGGGAAAGAUUUCAAAGUUAUCUGCUGAUCAGUUAUUGGUUUUUAUUGAUCGCAGGCUCACGUCCAAAAUUUCUCAUUGUCAAAGAAACUGUAUCUUGUGGUUUUGAUCAUAUCGCCAGGUUCAUCUUGGUUCAGUGAACACGACCUUGUAUGACCUUUUAUAUUACGGGCGGAUUUUGAAAAUUACUCCGGUGUUUUUGUUGUAUUCAUUUUAAGAAUAGGGCAAAACAGGCCAUAUAAAAAGUACCUUAUUAACCUCGUCCAUUUGGUCAUUACAGGGAAAUCUCAGACCUCGAGCAGUCUUGAUAAUUAUAUUGACCUGAACCAUCAAGGCCUUGGUCUGAGAUUUUAUCCCUGCAAUGACCACCUCACUCUCAGUUAAUAGCAGUAAGUAGUAUUUAAUUUUGUGGAUUAUUUUAAUUCAUCCUCCAAACUAACUUUCUUACAGGAGUUAGCAUUGUAAACCUUGUGUGGAAUCCUGUAGUUGUUGGUCUUUUUGCCGUUUGUCUCAGUUCCGGAUCUAUUUCGAUCAUGGAGUUGACCGACUCAGAAGUAAAAACACGAGCAACUCUGCCUGAAGACCUGAAAGCUAGUGCAAGUAAGAAUUACUUUACAGGGCUCGCACAGUCUUAAAAAGUCCGUGAAUUUUAGGGGAAGUCCUUGAAAAGUCCUUGAAUUCCAUUUUUCCUUGAAAAGUCCUUAAAUUUCUGUGCAAGUCCUUGAAAAGAGCUUGAAUUUUCUUCAACUUUGAAUGCAGUAGCCUGGGAAGAAUUUUUUGAUGCUUUUUGGUUGUCCAAGACAGAAUAUAAAUCGUAGCUCAGUGAAUGUAAAGGUCAUUUACAUAAAGUGCUCCAUGUUUUAUGCAAUAAUUAACUAUCAGUUUAAGACAAGUGAACUGAAAAAUGUAGAGAAUUUGGUGAAGCAAACAGUUAAAGCCUUAAAGUCUUAUUAGAAUUAUACUGGGAAUAUGCAUUUUUGUACAAUCUGUGAAAUUAUAUUCCUAGUAGGUUGUCCUUGAAAAUCUAAUGUGGUCCUUGAAAAGUCCUUGAAAAGUCCUUGAAAAAUGGUUGCAGUUUUUUGUAUGAACCCUGCUUUAUUAAUCUAUUAGUAUAACUAUUUAUUUAUUUAUUUUACAUUAUUUGCCACACAAUAAUUGCAAAAGAUAAUAGAAAAGAGAGAAAAAAAGAAGUGGCGAGGAGACCUAACAGAAACUAUAGGAGCUUAUGAGAGGUUAAGGCCUCCCCGAACUACGGGUUAGAGCUGUUUAACAUCAAUUAAUUUUUAAAGAAAACAUGUUCUUUCCAUCGAAGAUGGAAAGAUCUAUGAACUGAUUUCAUAUUUUCUCAAUAGUUUAAUAUUCAAUUUUUUCUUAAAAGAGGAAAGGGAUUGAGAGCUGAUGACCUCGUUAUCGAGUGAAUUAAAAAACUUAGGCCCUUGAUAAAAGGGCAAGAACUUCUUAAUGUUUGUACGACAAUAUGGUAGACGGUAGGCCUUUGAAUUUCUUGCGUUGUAAGAGUGGAAUUGAUUGCUUUGGGAGAAACAAUUGUUAUGAAACCUUGGAGGUGGCCCAGUUGAAGUAAAUGGAUAUCAUUAAAUUUUAGUAUUAUUUAUCCAUAUUUAUAUUUAUCCAUCACUUUAUUACAUGCUAGAUGACAAUAAUUUUACACUACUGGGUUCUGUUCAAAGGCAUAGAUUUUGGAUGGGUUGUGCACGGAUGCCAACCUCCCCAGGGAGAGCAAAAAUCUGGACACUCUCUCUUUUGCACUAGCCCACCCCGAUUGUCACCGAACCCCCUUCCUGCCCCCCUCCCCCGUACACACACACACAUCGACCCAGCCCCCCAAAUUAUGACAAAGGAAUUAUGAAGUCUUACAUGAAGUACAUAACAGUAAAAUUUUCUUUCAUCACUAAUCCAUGCAAAGAUGUUCCAGAAACUGUACUCUGAAUAAAACAAAUUUGAGUUUGACUAUAAAAAUGGGCUAAGUUUUAAACUACAUCUGUAAAGCAUGUAAAAGCUCAAAAGUCGAUUAUUUUAUCCGGAAGACUUAGUGAUCUCUAUGAGAGAGUGGGAGAUCAGUGUCAUAACCAGGAGACUUGGCAUAUAAUUAUGGGUUUGGAAAGGUAAUUGUUACAAGGUAUUUUUGUGUAUCAUUACAAUUUAUAUCCUUUAACAUUACUUUUGUAUAUAGUUUGUUGGAGCCCUAAAGGAAAGCAGUUGGUUGUCGGUCAUAAGGACGGUAAACUAACACAGUAUUCACAGGUAUGAUAUAUAAUUUGCCACUUUCAGUGAAAUAUUUGCUGCCUAAUCAACACUUAGGUUUAGUACUAUUAAAUAAAAACCACACCCUUUGUGAAACAUUUUGACUGGCCUGUUCAGUUUAUGUUUGUUGUGCUUAUGUAAAAUUGAUUUUACUUUUAAAACAUCAUUGAAUUUUCCAGGCUGUCAAUUAUUUCAGUUUGAUAGGCACGUGCUUCAUCUGACAGUACAACAAAAAUAUUAAUAUUAAUAUUUCAUCAUUUUGCUGAGAACCUAAUCAAUAUCCAAAGAUUUUUGAAGAUUUUAUGAGGUGCUCCAAACUUUUCAUCCCUGGUGCAUUCUUGUUAAAAUCAGGUAUUUUUUAUAUCUGGUGAUUGAGGUUUGACUAUAUAAUUACAAUAAAGAAACAGUUUUUUGUCGUUGGUGCUUUCUUCUGUAUUAUUUUUCAGACCCUUGAGGUAAAAAAGGGAAUACGCUGUCCAGAACUGUUUACUGAUGACCCUCACCUAGGUAUGAUCUCAAAUUAAAUAUUGUGGAGCAAUUCCAUAGAUACUCUUUGUGGUGAAUAUGGUUAAGUCACCAUAUACAAGAGUCUCUAUGGAAUUGUUCCACAAUAUUUAAGAUCACUACUGAUAAAACAAACAAGAGCGUACAACCUCAGAGGUACCUUAAACUUUGAAUCUAACAGGAGUCAGUACAAACCCCCCCAUGGAUUACAAUAAUUGUUCAGAUAAAAUGCUGCUCCUCAAGUAUGGAAUACACUGCCUGAUAACGGAAGAACUUCUGAAUCACUCCUUGAAUUCUGAAUCAGUCAAGGAUGUGUCUGUAUAAUUGAUUCACCACCUUUUGUCAGCACUGGUUAAAUUGAAAUAAAGAAGUAUGAGCAUGAUGUCAUUAAGCUAUGUUACUUUCCUUUCGCUGUAGCGGUUAUUUUGUCCAGGUUUUGUUUAUGUCAUGUACUACUGUAUUUUAUAAAUCAAAACCAAAGGCCCUCAUCACAUACACAGCUUAAGAGGAUAGAUUAAGAAGCAGUUGUUUCAUAAAGAAGUCAGCAUUCAACGUCGCAGGAAACCUUGUUGCCGUUGUGAAAGUCACAUUCCGAAGCUUAUUUGGUAACCCUCGCUGAAAUCCAAGACCGUCUUCAACGCGCGAGGUCACGAGGAGUCACUCGAGCUGUAUUGUGUCCUUUGAUCUGAUUGGCCAACAUCAAAACAAAAGGUUUUACGUCACGGAAAUAGUUUUACCGCCCGGGUUUGCAGACACUAUUUUUCGGAGGGUGAGAAGCGACAACCGGAAAUGCGUCUGCUGUUCACAGGCUACUUUUAAGCACCCUAUUCAUAAUAUUACUGUGUAGAUUUUUGUUAUUUUUUUACUUUUUUAAACAAGACUUCUAAUUAUUUUUAUGUGCAUGUGUUGAUAUUUUAUUUGUUUUAUUUAUUAGAUAUUUUAUUUGAUGAUUGAUUAAUUAAUUUUUACGUAAAUAUUAAAUUGCCUGACGAGUGUGGUCAUUCCAAAUCCAGGUUUAAAUAAAGUUAUAUCUAUGUACGUAAAUAAAGUUAUAUAUAUGUAAGAAAUUAUCAUUUUGUUGCAAAUGUGCCAACUUCUGUUGCAAUUUAUGACAUGCUUUACAUGACAUUAAUUUCCAUUAUGUUUUGUAGUGGCAGAUGUUUUAUGGAUUGCAUCAAAACUGUUUGCUGUUGUAUACUCUAGUUUUGAGGAAGGGGAUACCCCAAAGUUUCAGCUUAUUUCCACAGUAAGUUGUUUGAACUUACAUGUAGAUGUGAAAUCAAUCAUUAUGGGAUCAUGAACACAAUCAAACCCCUUCACAUUUUUAUAGUUCCUGAAGUUAGAUCUGUACCUUAAGUGAAACUAAGGUUCAUCUUAAGUAAAUAAAAAACAUAUCUUGUUCACCAUCCUGGUUUUUGAACAAUCGUCAUAUCUACAGUCAACGCCCCCCUUGUGACUACUCUCGUAAGCGACCAGCUCUAGUAACAACCACCUUUAUGGAACCCCAUUUAACUGUGACUAAACUUUGUUUUAAAAAGCUGUUGUAAGUAAUCACUCCGUUAAGUGACUGCUAUCACUUUUAGGAUUACCUAACUGGACUUUUCUUUUGUUUUCAAGCUCUUGUAAGCAACCACCAGCAACCACUCAGAGUCUUAUUCAUUGCACUAACGGUCUAAAAAAAUUGGACGUAAAGUUUAGCGAUGUUGACCGAUAUCAGAUAUAAAGACACUCAUUUCUUUUGCUCUCAUAUACAGCCACCCUGACUAAUGUUUUGCCAUGCAAUCACUUAUGAGAGCUCAUUCUUGUAAGUGACCAGCUCUAGUUAUGACCACUUUUUUGAAAUUGCAAGGAGGUCGCUUACGAGAGCUUUGAUUGUAUUAAUUUUGUUUGUGCUACAAUGCUUUGAUUUCAAUUAGCCAACUUUUUUUGCGGCCUUACAAUAAUAACUAUUUUCUGUGAAGCCAUCAAAAUAAUGGCUGCGCGCUUUUAUUUUUAUUUAAUGACAAUAUUGGCUUUGUUCCAAAUUUAGAUUCACACCUUCCCUCUGGGUUUUUGACCUGGUUAUCAUUUCAUGUACAUUGUGUACAAUGGUUACUCUUUGAGAACUCAUAUUUUAUCAUUCCAGUAUACUCAGCAUACCGCUGAGGAAACAGUUUCUUCCAGUGCAGUGAAACUGAUGUCAACAAUGUUUUUGUAUAAAAAAAAAACACCAGUCAUAACAGAGGUUCAUUUUACAUCAAUCACUAGCAAUAAAGGUUUAAAUAUCAGUAGUCCCACUCAGUAACUCAACAUUAUUGUUCGAUGAAGAACAGCGGAAUGCAGUUAAAACAUACAAGAAAAUAACUAGAGUGACUAUCGUGAGGCAAACAAUAAACAACCGUAUCGUACAUAGAUGUACCAAGAUGAAAAAUUAAUUAUCUUUCAUACUCUAUUCUUGAAUACAUUCUCUUCUAUCUGUUCCUAAGCUGUGAAACAGCUAGCUGAGUGAAAAUGCCCGUGAAAUGUUUUAGCAUUAAUUUUUGUUUAUGUUUUGUUUUCCUUUAGGAAAAUGAACCAUUGUCAAUCACUAACUUUGAUGAUAUCUAUUAUGUGAUGAGUGAGGAGCGAGAGCCAGUGUUUUACAUGAAGAAUCUCACUGACUGGUGAGUACUGCAGUUCAAUAAAGGUGGAACACACUCUUACACAGACUUUUACUCAAAAUUAAUAAUAUACUAGUAAUAGUUGACACUACAACUGCCCCCGGUCUUUAUGUUGUCAGUCAAUUGUGAGAUAAAAACGGGAAACCCAAGAUUUCAUGCACUGAUUCAGGUCGAUUUCACAGCUUUCAUCAAAACAUUCUCAGUUUCAAGAAUAUUUUAUUCUAAACUACAAAGUGGUAGUUUUCCGGUAUUUCUCUUGCACUUUUUACAUACAGUUCAUUUUAUAAGCCAGAAAGUAAGCCUUAGAAAUUAAAAGCUUUGAUCAAUUCACACCCGCAAGUUCUAGUCAUUUUUUACCUAUUAGGGCAAUACUUCAAAAUAAACUUAAUAGAAGGACAUCUGACGAUAGACUGUUCACAAUCCCCUAUUUUUUCGUGAGAUUGUCAAGAUAUAGCUUGUCUUACUGUCAGUGGUGGCCAUCUUGAAUUUCAAAUGUACCGAGAGGGUGGGCGUCGGGGAUUAUUUUUUAGUUUUGACAGUCAGCCCUCGAUCUCGACGAUCUUAAGGAAAAAUUGGGGACUGUGAACAGUCUAAUCUGACCAGAGCGUACAUCAACACAGAAUUUAAUUAUCAGGGAAUUUCGGUAAUCGUGAUAAGUGAUAGUGAUAAGCUACGCGUUGAUUCACUCGUUUGCAUAGGGAAACGUGCUCGUUUGUGGACUGAGUCUUAUUCCCUCAAAGAGAUUUGUGUCUGGCAAAUCAUUUCCGGUCAAAGAUUUGAAGCAAAAGAACAAACCAAUCAACUAAGUAGAAACAGAUUUUUAACAAAGCAUGAUCAAUGGAGGAGAUUAGAGGAGAUAAAAGAGAAACUAGGGUUAAGAGGAGGAAUAAUGCAUUUUGAUUUCAUUACAUGGGUUUAUCAGCUCUAUUCAAAUCAGCAUGUGUAAUUUGCUCCCAUUAAUUAUUUUCUUUCUAGGAACAUGGUGGUGUCAGCUACUUCCAAUGGGCUUGAAGCUGCUGUUGUUGGAAAAUAUGGAGGAGAGGUUUGUGUUUAUAUCAGCUAAUUGUGCAAUAAUCUUUUUAAGUUAAGCGUUUUUUUUUUAUUUUUCAAAAGUUAACCUUGAAGUAUCUCAUAUCUUAAUUGGAUGGGGUAGUUGUUUAUAUAAUGUUAAGACAAUACAUAAUGUUGUGUUCUCAUCAAAGUGCCACAGCAAUCCUGUAAUGGGUGCACACAAUCUUGGCUCUCAUGUAUUCACUUAAUGUCGGAAAGGAAAAAAUUUUUUGCUUUUCUCAAACUUUCACUGUUUUGAUUUUUUUUCUGAUGAUGCCAGUUAAACUAACAAAAACAUCAGUUUAGAGUUAAAAGAACCCUAAAAGUAAAGCAAUUUAUCAUAACUUUGAGAUGUCGACAGGUGAAUGUUUGUGAGAUACUACAGGGAAAUGAUAAAGUAUGAACUUUCAACUUACUGUAUUAUUUAUGAGAGGCAAUAAGUGUUACAUGAUGUUAUUAUUUCUCUUCAAAACAGGCUCCCUGGGAAAAGUGGAGUUUUGAAGAAGACAGCCGACCUGUUAUGCCAUUAACAAAUGAUAAUGAUGAUACAUUUCCCAUGGGAUUAGAAAUUGAUUUCAGUUCAAUAAAACAGAUAACUAAGGGAGAAGCAAAGCUUCCUCCAGCGCCCAUACUGAUGAUCCUAUCCACUGAUGGAGUUUUGUGUCCAUUUUACAUUUUAAACCAAACUCCUAAUGCAAAUCACUCCAUAGUGCAUGCUCCUGAACGAAUGGUACCUGGAGGAAAAAGAAAGUCUGUUGUCUCAAAGAUGAGUGAUAUGUCUCAAGAAACUGUCGGUAAGCGUAUGAAUUUUUGAAUACCAAACGAUCUGUAGCAUACUUGAGUUCAUAAUUCUGUGAAGUGUCCAUUCUCAUAUUCAUUCUAUGAACACAAUGUUUACAAUGUAUUUGCCAUGUCAAUCUCUUCCCUUAUAUAAAAGAAUCAAUUGCCAGACGUUAAAUAAGGUAUAGGAGAAAAACAGGCUGGCUGUGUCAUCCAAGCAGAUACAAACGUGUUUUGAGGAAGGGAGGCAUUUAAAGCGCCUAAAAGUUUCUAAAAGUCUUGGUUAUGAACAGUAAAACGUAAAACGUCUAUAACUGCGAUGAUCUUCUGUCAUAUAUUUCUUCACCCCGCAGUUCUCAUAUAUGAUUUUCAUAUAUUCAUAACUUAGUCUAAACCACAGUUACGAAGAAUUGAUUCUCUGUUAAAUUUUCUUUGCAGGUGAGGCCCCAAAACAAAAAGGAUCAUUGAAGCUUGGUUCUUUUUCACUGGGGGCUUGUAAUCAAACCAUCCCCGAAUCUCUAAGUCAAGGAAGCCCCCUGCUGGCUGGUUCAUUAUCUCUUGGAAACUCCAAGCAGCCAUCCGCAGGCACUCUGCCUUCAGGGACUCCUACAAGUGUUGGACCUAGCUCUUUCUCAUUUGCAGGCCCUAAACCAAUUGUAUCUACUGUCGCUUCAGGUGCUUUUGCAGUGGCAUCCUCAAGUGCUUUUACAGUAACAGGCCAGAAACCAUCAGGACUGAUGAUGCCAUUUAAACUUCCACCAUCGCAACAAUUACCAAGUGAAGGAUCAGCAAAACCAUCAGCAGCUCCACCUCAACUAAUAAAACCUACACCCACCAGUCAAGUGCAGUCAAGCUUUCCAGCACUUUCAUUUCAGUUAACAGGUUCUCUGUCUAUUGCUGGUACUGCUAGACCAGUUUUAGCCCAGGUACAAGUUUUUUUAUCACUCAUUCCUGCAUAGAAAAAAAUAUGUUUUUUCUUCAUUUAGUUGUAAGGAUUUUGGAGAAAUAACAUGCUAUGUCACAGUGUGAUUGUAUGAAAACAUAGCAUGGGCGUUUUUUAGUUUAUUAUUUAAAAAAAUAAAUUGAAGCUUGUUUGGUGAUAUCUUGUUUAGGGUGUUAGUCUUGGUGGUGAUAAACCCAAAGUAAUGUCUUCUGCUCCAUCGCAAGUGGCAAGUCAAGGAAUGAUAGCUCAGUCCAAACCAACCCCUGUACAGUUAGCAGCUACUGUCGCAAAGCCAUUGCCAGUACUUACUCAGUCAGUAGCUUCUGUCACUAAUCCACCCACUGUCAGUAAUUCAUCCACCAUGAUCCACAAACCAACACCUGCAGUGCAAACUGUCAUCGAACCAGUAGCAGCGAAACCAGAGUCACAAAGAGAAAAGUCAAGUUUACCAGGAUUUAGAUUGCCCGGCCAGUCAUCUGUUAUGGUAGCCAGUAAGCAGGAAGCCACUAAAAAAGUAAUUAUCUUGUCUGUUGCACUCUAUAUUCUCUUUAUUGCUUGAGUGUAAGUAUAGUUCUUGUUCUAACAGUCAGUUUGUUCACAGUUUAUUUGUUAUAAUUAUUGUUUCAGACUGCAUCUGUUUCAAAAGACAAUGUUGUCGAGGCUUCAGUGUCAGAAAAUAUCAGAGAAGUGGUAAUUGUUUUAAGUCAAGCUUAGUGAAUUGCUGUGUGGCUAAUGAGGAGAAUAUGUUAGCUUGUUUGUCUUAUUUCUAGUCGUUCUGUUCUUGUCACAGAUCAGUCAAUUCAAUGAAGAGAUGGCCAAGUUAAGUGACAGUGUGAAGUCUAUGCAGAGCAAGUGUGCCUUGGCAAAAGAUAAUGAAGAACUAGACGCUUUAAGGAAGGAAACUGGUCUGAUUGGUCGCACAUUAGUAGCCAUUAACGAUACCACCAAGGUUUGUAGUAAUUGGAAGCCCAAAUGUAUCUCACUGCUUAUUAAUCUUUUGUUGGAAGAGUUCUUGAAGGAGGGUGGUUAUAACAAAGUCGCAUGUUAAUAAAAUAAAUUUUGCUCUGUAACGUACUCUGUUUUCUCAAUGUUUAAGCAAGUAGAAUUCUGAAUAAUCUCUUAGAUAUAUUUAUUGCGGUAUGACGUGCUUUGAGGAUAGUGAAAAAAUUCUCGAGUCAUUACCAAUGAACUUAACAAUCACCAGACCACAUUGAGUACAGUUUCAUACUUAUACAUAACAAUGAUUUGCGAGACCAAGAUUAACAUUCUGCUAGCUGAUUUGCAAGAAAGACAAUUUUUCAGUCACAAACACGGGCGACAAGGAAAAACAGUCUAUUUCCUAAAAAGCCUGUCGCGGAAGCUGUUAACUUGUGGUUGCUUUGUAGUACAGAUCAUCUACCAUUGAGCUAGAUAAGAACUUGUGGAGGCUGUUUUGUUAUCGGGCCAGUAGCGUUGGUUAAUGUGACAAACUUCCCAGCUGCAGCCUGGCUGUAUCUCUUUAGAUCUUCUACACUAGUAGGCAAACGACUCCUUUCAGCUUUGUCAAAGACUUCAUCAUUCACCUAUAUUAACCUGGUUUUAAAUUCCCUCGUGGUAAUAGUUUUAUACAUCACAACUGAUUUCUAGUUAUGUUUGCAAAUCUGAUUGGUAACCUUCCUUUUGAAAACGAUAGGAGCAACAGAAAGAUAUUGAUGAGGAAAAAAAGAAGAUCCUUGAAGCUUUUGAAAUGCUGGAAGAUGCCAGGUUAGUUAACAAAGUCUGCACCUCAAUGUACGUGCAAUAAUGGAAUAGUUGUGCAGUUGUUGAUCCACCUUCCUAAUAAGAAAGUAAAAUAAGUAAAUAUAAACAUGACAACAAUACUUUAGAAAGCUGGUUUACUAACUUAGAACAAACGCCACUGAAUCGUAGCUAACAGUUACCAGCGCCGUACAAACGACUUAUUGACGAGAUCAAGCAAAACUAACUACGAAAAAACGACUGGAGAACUGACAAUUUGACUAACAAUAGACGACUGUUAAACUGUGACAAUAGACGGAUCGAAACGCACCAAUUACUGAUUACGAGUCUUCAUACCGAAUAACAUCACGGCUUAACUGACAGACUACCAAUAACAUCGCGACGUAAUUGACCAAUCAGAUCAAUAACCAGAGUAUAAUACCAUCAACUGACGUGAUACAACUCACUUUGACUCUGAAGAUGACUGCCGCACAGGUUGUUGAAACUUCAGUCACUGUCAACAACAACAGUCCUAUUCAGGACUACGUUCACCCAGGCGAUCAAACUCAACCUACUUUUGAAAUGACUCCUGGGUUCAAACCUUUCACAAACCUUUCACAAGCCAAUUUCAAUUAAAAAAACUGAGUGCCUUGUAUUUUGAGUACAUUGUAUGUCUUGUUUGUUUGUUUGUUUUGUUUUUGUUGUUCAAUUGUUUUUGCUGCCGUUGUACAUGUAUUUGUGUCUUUUGUAACCCUGUAGUCCGGCAUUCACUGUUGUAUUACCUGUACUGAGGCAUUCUUUGUAUAAAUUAACAUUUGUAUUACCAAACUUCACACUGAGUUUAUGGGAAUCCAUCCUUACCAUAGGUGGUUUUCAUGCAAUCUCGGGAGACACAAAUAACAAUGGUGAAAUGAACAAAUGCUGGUGGACAAACAAAACGAGCUAAUGAGCGAUCUUUUGUUUACCGUCCACCAGCAUGGCGGCGAUGACGUAACGUGAAAACCACCUAUAGCAUCUGACCUUCUUUUACUUUAAAGUAGUCAUUCGAGUAGUCAUUUAUUUUUUUCUUCACAGAUUAAACAAGAUUACAGAAUUAAAUAAUUAAUUAAGAAAUAACUAAAGAGAAAAAAAAAAGGCAAAAAUAGUUAAACUAAUACAUUGCGAAGCGCUUCGCGCAAAAUGCCGCGUUCGCCUCGCUUGGCUCAUAAAGCGCCUGGUAUGCAGGCUAUUAUGCUUGCUACGGCCAGAUUUUGGCCUCAACGCUGAUUGGCUGUUAGAACAAUGCCACAGGAUGUGAUUGGCUGUUGGAAUCAACGGAAGUUGAAAGCGCUCACUCCUCGCGUGGUUGUUUUUGCGAAUGAUCCGCCGUCAGCGGUCAGAAGGAUUUUGCUAUCUUUUUUAUUGUUUCACGGUCUUUUGGUAGGAAAAUAUGCCUUAAUAUGUGCCUAGGAAAUUCAGAAAAUUCAAGUGGUGUUGAUAACUUCUCAAGAUUUGCUUAAAUUAUGGCACUAAUGUGAGUGUAUCACGAAGUCGAAUCCCUCUGCAGGUUGUUGACCUCGAACGUCGAACAAGGUGCCCUUUGACUUACCAACAAACGAGUGCAAGUCGAAAUACUGUCCACGUUAAGACUGGGUUUCAUUUGCAAGUUUAGCCGGGAAUGACUUAUCUGAACGGGGAAUAAAAGCUGAGGUUCACUGCGAAAGAAACCUCAAUUGCCAUCUGUGAAGUAUUAUUUUGGCUGUUCAAUGAUUUUUUGUAGACAUUAUUGUAAAAAGCUGGUGCUGCUAUUCUUGCAUUGGUAAGGUUACAGACUUGUUGUUUGCCUUCCCUUUUUGUAAAAAAUUAACCUAAACCAGAAAAACUGUUGUCCUCGCUCGUUGGCUGUUUGCGUGCUGUUUGUUAAUUUAGAUUAUUAAAUUUAGCGAGCUUUUCAAAAGUGCAAUAAAACAACAACACAACAGAACUACAAAGUGUGUUUGUAAUAGGUCCGUUGCGCAUGCAGUUUUAGUAUUUUCGUUUCGUCCAUCCAAAGUGGCAGAUAGUAUUUACCUGGAUUUAUAAAACAGUAUAUUUGCUUAGACGGUUGUUUCUUGUAAAUUCGCAAAUUGCAAGUGUACUCACGGGUCUAAAUUACAUGCAUUUGAGAACUCGUUUGGUUUGUUCUGAGAUCCUUUGAAAAACUUCGCGAUAUAUUUCUCCAAGAUUUUUAAAGAUUUUUGUACUGAAAAUGGGUGAUCAGCAGGAAAAAUAGAAACUUCAGUAUUUUAAAAAUCGAGCGCAGCUAGACAAAAUAUUAAAACAAGAACAUCAUGUGGCCUUCUUUUUGAAAACUUUUUACCAUCUACGCCGACAGAGAUAACCUUCAAGAUCUCCUUUAACCUCGCAUGUGACUUUCGUGACUGUUUAUUUUUAGUUGAAAAAAGAUAAGAGCUAUUUUCUGCAUUUUCCUACGUACAAAAAACUUUCAUACUAAAAAGAACAUUCAACGGAAGUAAUUGUGUUUGGCUGAUUUGGCAAAUGCCAAUCAAUCAAGGUUGUGGGCGGCAGACGUUUCGGAGAAGGUUUGUAUCAGGCUCUCUUUUCGUUAAAUAGAGCCUACCUCAGGUUAUUCUUAAAAGACAUUACGAGUAGUAGAGCUAUGUUGUUGUGAUCAAAGUGGGGGGCCGGAAAUCGUUGAAGGUAUCAAAGAAAACAGACAUGUAUGAAGCCUAACAAUGAUAGGAAAUUUCUUUGCUCUCUUCUAGAAUAAGACAAGAAAGGAAGAACGAUCCUAGAUAUGUUCAGUUGCUCAAGGUAUUCACUUCAUCUUUACACAGUGUAAACAGCAAAAGAAAAACUGAAUUUUCUUUUUUUAUCAUCACUGUAAUUUUUUUUUUCCAUAAAAGUCUAGAGCACUGGAUCCAGUGAACACAAGCAAGAUGAGAGACAUCAGAAAUCUCCAACUCUACCUUGAUAAGACUCUCAGGUAUAUUUGCGGUGCAUUAUUUGGAAGCAUUUUCGGCUUUUAAGGAGAUUUCUAGUAAAUAUACUGGAAUAUCCAGAACUGCAUUUGAUAUGAAUGAAUUUAAAUGACAAGGACAUAAUUGACUCCAGCGUUUUUUCUACCGGUCAUGUACUAUUGUAUUCCUCUUCAACCCCCUCCCUACCCUCUCCCCUUUUUCCAUUGCUUGUCGUCAGUAUCACGCGGGUGCCUGGCUGCUCGUUUUGCGUUGGGGCUCAUGGCUGGAUGGCGAAGACUGCCAGCCUUGCGGUCGGACAGCCGAUUGCCAGCCCCUGGAUUUCCCGAGCUCCUAACUUCCAUUUAGCCAUGCAGUUACAAAUGAUGAAAAUUUGUGAGCAUUUUAAAGGUUAAAAAAGUAAGACUGCUCUGUCCCCUUAGCUGCAUCUGUCAUGACACGCCAGCCAUAGCUAGUUUACCUUUCCAUGCAAAUACAAAUUCAACGUACAAGGGUGUUAUCAUUAUUUUUUAUUUCUUCAGAGAAGUGAACAUGGUUCUUGAUGAACAGUGGAACAAAGAAAAUAAACGUCAGAGGUAACAAAGUCCAGGCUUUCUUCUUAGACGAUAUCUAGUAUGACUGAAUAAAAGUGAAAAGAACGCCGAUAUUCCUCUGAUGAAACAGUAUUGUAGGCCUGCUGAAAAAUAUCUGUGUGACUUACCAAAUAUAUAAGUUCAGUACACAGGACUCCCCAACUUAAACAAAACUUCAUUUUUCCCCAGGUCUAUGCAACGUCCAGCUUUGGAUGAAAUUUAUCAGACUUUGAGGAUCAACUACAAAAUUGCCCAGGAUCAAGUAAGUCCUGCACAAUCUGAAUCUCUGUUGUUAAUAUUGUAUGUUCCCUAAUGUUGGAUGUUUUGUUCUUAACUUUGUAUCUUUCAGGGAGCCAAGUUGGAAAAAAUUACAGAGGAGAUGAAGAACAGGAAAAUAUUGUCAACGUCCUGGCAGCGAAGUUCAGUUAACACAUUUAUAACAAGGUAAAAAACACUUUAUUUUCUUCUUUGACGAAGAAAAACCUACCAAAGCUAUGAAUACAUAGAUUCUAAACAUGGUUUCUGUUAUAGAGGUGAUGCGGCAUCGAUGAGCACUCCUUUUGCUCUACCAAAAGAGGAAUUAAAAUCGCCAUUACAGAGGACUCCAGGUGCAUUACUCAAAUUUGUACAAUUGUAUUAUUGUUGUUCAAGUAUUUUACGCGGAAUAGUACUUUUUAUCUUAUUAUCACUUUUGUUUGUUUUUUUGCAGUUCCAAUUUCCCCUGAAAAGCAAGCUCAAUUAAGGAGCAUGUUUCAGAAAAGACGGAGUACCCCAGUGAGGAGGAGUACUCUUGGUGAGUCAGUGGGUAUUUGUAACAGUCCAUAGUUUUAAGUGAAAAGACGUUUCGUUCGCAUGUUUCUACGUAACUGUAAUUAAUGCUAGAUAAGUAAUCUCAGCGAAAUAAAACAUCAGGGACCUUAAGAACUGAGGACGGCGAUCGUCGCUUAAAAAGUUAAUUCGCGUUCUUCCUACGUUUUUAUUCUGCACCUGUGUUUUGUGUGAUGGUUGUCAAAGUAACUUUAAUUUGUCUAUAAUCACCUUCUAGUCCCCAGCCCUGCUGCUAAGAGUCCCACAGUGCGACCAAUUAAACCUCAAGUGCCAUGUUACUCUUCCACACCAGCUGCUAAACCUGAUUCCACGGAAGAAAGAACCAAAGAAACCAUCAGCUUGAUACCUCCUGUGAAAGAACAAGAGAACGAAUCCGAACGUAAUGUAGGUGAUGUUGGAGGUCGAUGGGAGGAAGAAACGCAGUCUGUUGAAGAUGAACAACAGGAGGAUGAGCAGGAAGAAGAGCAGGAGCUUAAGCAGUUGAGUGAAGUGAGUAACAUGUCUUCCACCGGGCCGCCUACUACUUCGGGCGGAUUCAGUUUGCCUAGUAGAUCCUCGCCUCGAUCAACUGCAACAGAUGAAAGUGAAGGAACAAAGACAACAGAUCAGUCUGUGCGAAGUGAUGUUGGUGUUGGUUUACAAGUCAGACCCGCUUCACAACCGGCUGCUGUAUCUGGAGCGUUUUCUUCAUUUAACCCUCCUGGACUACAAUCAACACUAGCGACGACACAAGCUGAACCAUCCAAAACUUCUGGCGGCUUUUUCCUCCCGCGCGACAAUGUAAGCUACAGUCAGAACAUUUCUUCAAUUAGAAAUGCCAUUGAUUUUUGGAUUUUCGUUGUAAUGUGCUUUUCUUUUGCUAUUUUGCCUGUUGCAUAUUACCUAUGAUAAACGUUCUAAGGCUUUAGAGCCUCGUAGGUCCAUGAAACACAUUUAAUGCGUUUUAAUCUCUACGGAAUAACAGCGCAGGGCUGUCAUUAGGAAACUUAAGUAACGAGAACAUUGACGUCCCGGAAGUCAAAAAUGGCAACCGGAAGUUGAUAUUUUCUCUCUUUCAGUGCUCUGACUCGACAAAUUCGUACAGCGGGACCUAAAACAAAGGCAUUCAGAUUCGUUGUGUGAGACAGAAGUGUUCCAUCAAGCGAGAUAUCGAACUUCCGGUUGCUAAUCAUGACGUCUGGGACGUCAGCGUUCUCGUUGUUUAAGGCUGCGUGCAAACGGGCGCAAUCAACAUUGUUGGCGCAACAAUGUUGGGAGUUGUUGCGUGCGUGUUGGCAGUGGUGUGCAAACGGAUACAACAACUCCCAACAAGUUGGAGACCUGCCGUGCAUCGCUACGCUACGCUUCGGCGAUCACGGAACUAAAAAAAUGUUUGUUAGUUGUUGGCUGAAAAGUUUGACCGGUUUCAAACUUUGCGCAACAACAGGCAACAACAUCCAACGAUAUGCAACAGGGUGUGCAAACGGACGCAACAUGUAAAAUCCAACAAUGUUGGCAGUUGUUGGAAAACAAUGUUGCGUCCGUUUACACGGGGCUUAAGAUCGCUACUAAGAGGCAGGGGCCUUGGAUUCUCCCACGCCACUAUGAAUGUGGUCCCCGGGUAACUUCAUAGGAAAGUAAAGGAAAAAUUAAACCAAAAGAAAUCCCUAGCUGUUUAAUUCCCUGGCUACUUGUUGCAUUUAUCUUGCAACUUGAAAUCUUAGUGACAGCCCUGAACAGUGUAAAACAUGUAGUGAAAUAGUGAAAUGAAAAAAUGUUCCCAGUAUACACGUAGUGAUAUACUGAAUAUGUGAAAAUGAUUUUUGAGCUACAGGCGACUUGUGGGAGUCAAAACAAUAGACUAAGACGGUUUGGUGGUUUUUGCUCCAAGAAUCUCACUGGUAGAGUAUCUGGACUAGGGCCAAGAAGGUCAUAGGUUCCAUCCCUGUUGGGAGAACUUGAAUGCAAGUGAUGUCGUAGUUUACCCAUCAAAUGUUAUGUCCAUGUUGUUUUUUUUUUCCUUUCUUGCAGCUGGCGCCUACUACAUCGAACGACGAGAACGCACCGAGUGUGCAGGGGAACCGCACAGAAAUUCCGCCCAACAUCGCUGCAGCAAUGGCUGCUAUGAGCAGGGCCAGUGCAGCACAAGAUGUAGCUCAACAAAGCAACAGUAAACUUGACCCCUCGGCAAGCAUUGAGCCAGUCACACUAGUGGCGUACAAGCCACAAACACAAGGAGGUGAGCAGGCGACGGACUUGGAUAAAGAAAACAAUGCAGCUAAGGCAAUCGCCAAUGCUGCAUUAAUGGCAGCCACAGCAGAAGCUAAACAGCCUUCAACAAAGCCACAAUGUAGUACUGAAUUUGUUUUCAAAUCUUCAGAGGGAGGUAAGCCUGGACCUCCUGUUGUGACUUUCAAACCACCAAACGCUUUAUCACAAGCAUCACAAAGUGGCUUUACCGUGGCACCUAAUGUCACAGUCUUCAAACCUGCGUUUGGUCCUAUUGCAUCAAGUUCCUCAACCCAAAGUACCAGUGGUGGGUUGCAGGGAUCUUUAACGGCCGCUCAAACUGCUAUCCCACCUGGCCAGGCAACAAUCUCUACUGUCCCAUAUAGCUUUUCAACUCCAGCUAGUUGUUUGUUCGCUUUCGCACCCUCAUCUGCAUCUCCUAACCUCAGCAGUACAAGCGGUAAUACCAAGACAUCCGCUUCUUCUGUCAGCACUGCUGCCUCUGCGUCAGUUGCAGGUAUCACACCAAGUGCUAGAGUCAGCAGAAAUUUAUUUGCGUCAGGUGAUUCGACUUCACAAACAGCACGAACAAAUCAGCAACAAGAUCAAAGUAAGGAGGUGAGUAAAACGGAUAUGACGUUUCAUCAUGUUGAAGCGAAAAUGCAUUUUUGAGUCAUUGUCAGGCUUGUGCUAUUGUUUCUUUUUUUUGACAGGCCACUGCGGCAGCAACAACUGCAAGCUCUUCUAUAGUCUCUGCAGCUGGUGUCACAACAUUAGCAACAACAACAACAACAUUUUCAUUCUCUGCUCCAGCCUCAAGUAAAGGAGGGUUCUUCAAGACUCUUGGCCCACCAGGCAACAGUGGCAGUGCAUUUGGCCCCAGUAACUUAGGGAACGGUUCCACAAGCAUUUUGAAUUCGUUGAUGCGUUCCUCCAAUGCAGGUACCUCAGGUAGUUUGUUCGCAGCAGUAACUACUACAGGUUCAGCACCUUCAAGCAUCGCACCUCUAAUACAGUUAAAAUCAACCUCAACAGAAACGAAAGAUGAAAGUGUUAAAAUCACAAGUGCACCAUCUAGUAUUACAGCUAGUCCAGCAGGGAUGUUUCAACAAGCACUGUCUGAGAGCAAUAAAGUUGCUACUAUUACUACAGUAAACAACGUCAACACUUUACCUUUGACUACAAGUACUUUGGGUGCUUCAGCUACGACAACUGCCUCUGCUCCUGGAAGCCUAUUUGGAAUUCCAUCCAAAACUGGUGUUAUAGCACCUUCUACCACUUCAUCAUCGAGCAAUUUGUUUGGUUUAUCAGCCGGGUCACAGUCUUCUGCCUUCUCUUCCACUACCAUCGCCAGUCCCUUCUUCACGAACAUUAAUCCAGCCUCUACAAAGCCCUCAGCAUCGACUGAAGGUUUUUCAUCUACAACCGAAGGCUCAUCAACCUCAGUUUUUGGUGGAAUGUUUGGCAAAGCCACAAGCACCACCAGCGCGUUUGGAGCAGUUUCAACUGUAGCAAGUGUUGGAUUUGGUUCUCUAGGUACUGCCACUACCACAUCAGCUGGAGGUGGCCUGUUUGGGACUUCAUCAGCAACUGCCUUUGCCCCAACGUCUAUUUUUGGGACGUCAAGUAGCGCUAGCACCUUGAACAUCUCUCAGCCGUUCACCUCACCUGUAAACACCAAAGGCAACAGUUUUGGUACUACACCGGCCUUUGGAUCAGCAAGCACAACAGCUGGUACGAUAUCAACAUUUGGAGCGUCUUUGGCCACUUCAAAGCCUGCUUUUGGUCAGUCUUCAUUUGCUCCCACUACCAGCGCUGGUUUUGGGCAAGCGACAUCAAAGCCAGCCGAAAAUGGUAAGGGACGCUUUGUAAGCUAGGAUGUUAACGAACGAUGUGCAUUUCCGCGUUUUGUAGGCACUAUUAUAAACUUACAAGGUCUUGAUGAUUGUAAUCCGUUUCAGUUUUGUCUUGGGUAAAUUUAAGAAAAAAAUAGCGGUUUGCGUUCUUGCAAAUUUACCGACCUGUUCAAGCGCUUCAAUCCAAAGGCCUCCAUAAAGCGCCAUCGGCUGUAGGAUAUGCUUUUACAGUGGUUUGGUCUUGGCCUUCGUGAUAUUUGUCUGACAUUUUACGCUAUUUUUCUUUUUUUUCUUUCCUUUUUUUUUAGCCCUUGGUUUUGGGUUUAGUGGCUUUGGGUUAGGAGGGCAAGGCAGCUCACAGACCAACAAGACCAACCCGUUUGGAGUGUCUCAAGGAUUUUCAUCCCCAGCGGCUUCUCGUUAGUUCUUUGUUAAGUAGUAUAAAUGUAACUAUUAACUUUCCCCAAUAUAAUUAAGUGUUCAGCACUUUUCGCAGAAUCCUUCCUUAUUAUUAUUAUUAUUAUUAUUAUUAUUAUUAUUAUUAUUAUUUUAAAGAUGAAACAACAACAACAUGAUAUUAAUUAUGCGGAGGACUCGGAAAAAAAAUCCGAGUCCCAGAUGGGAUUUGAACCCACGACCCUCCGUGAUCUAGUCGGAUGCUCUAACUACUUGAGCUACUGGAGACUCUAUGGUGAGCAAAGACCAAUGUGUGGGUCUCGACUGGAACCGCAUCACGCGGCCACACAGCCAAGUAAUGACUGGCACACAAGAACUCACUAACAGCAUCGCGCUGUUACCUUAAUGCAUAUCAAAGAUGCGGCCAACCAACCUCCAAAGUGAGUAUAUUAAAGAUGAAACAACAACAACAUGAUAUUAAUUAUGAGGAGGACUCGGAAAAAAAAUCCGAGUCCCAGAUGGGAUUUGAACCCACGACCCUCCGUCAUCUAGUCGGAUGCUCUAACCACUUGAGCUACUGGAGACUCUAUGGUGAGCAAGGGCCAAUUUGUGGGUCUCGACUGUUGUUGUUGUUUCAUCUUUAGUAUACUCACUUUAGAGAUUUAAUGUUCCAUCGGGUCGCGCAAGGAAGAGUUUCACCAUAGAGUCUCCAGUAGCUCAAGUGGUUAGAGCAUCCGACUAGAUCACGGAGGGUCGUGGGUUCAAAUCCGAUCUGGGACUCGGAUUUUUUUUCCGAGUCCUCCUCAUAAUUAAUAUCAUGUUGUUGUUGUUUCAUCUUUAAUAUACUCACUUUGGAGGUUGGUUGGCCGCAUCUUUGAUAUGCUUUAAGGUGACAGCGCGAUGCUGUUAGUGAGUUCUUGUGUGCCAGUCAUUACUUGGCUGUGUAGCCGCGUGAUGCGGUUCCAGUCGAGACCCACAAAUUGGCCCUUGCUCACCAUAGAGUCUCCAGUAGCUCAAGUGGUUAGAGCAUCCGACUAGAUCACGGAGGGUCGUGGGUUCAAAUCCCAUCUGGGACUCGGAUUAUUAUUAUUAUUAUUAUUAUUAUUAUUAUUAUUAUUAUUAUUAUUAUUAUUAUUAUUAUUAUUAUUAUUAUUAUUAUUAAUAUUGUUGUUGCGGACCGCUACUUGCAAGGAUCAAAACACCAAAAAUCAAAUCAAGCCAAAUCUGCCUGAUUAUGAUGUGCUUCCCUCCGAAACAAAGAACAAAACUUGGGGCAGUAUUAGUUACGCAUGUUUCUGUAAUACUGUCAACGAUGUUUACGAUAAAAUCGUCCACUACAGGAGGAAUAUAUUUAAUGUUCCAUCGGGUCGCGCAAGGAAGAGUUUCAUUCAAGAAUUAACCUUCUGGAUUAAGCAAUUUAAUUCAAACCCUGACUUGAACUCGGUCGCCCUUAAAGCAUUCAUGGUGCUCCCAACUUUGAUUUUGCAAAAACCAUCCGCUACUUCCAAAAGCAAGGAGCAUAGUGAAGCAAUAGAGCGUCGAUUAGCACUCUGGAAACAAGGGGACAUUGAUUUGCUGCUUAAAGAAGUGAGGUUCUUUCAAGGGAAAUUUGUGAAUUCCAAGAAACCUAGAAAGGUUGAAGACAUAUCCAAAGCCUUCUCAAAGCUGGUUCUGCAAGGAAAAUUGACAGCUGCAAUGAAACUCCUAGAUAACGAGAGCUCGUCCGGUCUUCUCGACCUAUCGUCAGAUGUCCUGCAAGGGCUACAGGACAAGCACCCACAGGCAGCUGAUAUCGCAGAGGAGAGUUUGUUACAUGGCCCAAUUGAUUAUAUUCCGCCAAAUGUUUAUGACCUCUUAGACGAAGAAUCGAUCUACAACUCGGCAAGUAAAACCAAGGGCUCAGCCGGACCAUCUGUAAUGGACGCAAAGCUGUAUAAGAGAAUCCUGUGCUCUAAGAAUUUCAAGACCGAGGGCAAAAUAUUGAGAGAAGAGCUAGCCGUGUUCACAAGAAAUCUGCUAAGGAAAUCGUACCACCCAUCCUUACUUGAAGCCUUUACGUCCUGCAGGCUCAUUCCGCUUGAUAAGAACCCGGAAAUCAGACCAAUUGGUGUUGGAGAGGUACUAAGGAGAAUAGUGGGGAAAACGGUCAGCGGUUUCUUAAAGGAGGAAAUAAAAGAAGCGGCGGGUCCCCUACAAGUUUGCGCUGGUCAUAAUGCAGGAGCGGAGGCUGCGAUCCAUGCAAUGAGUCAAGUGUUUAUUGAAGAAGGAACAGAUGGAAUAUUGCUAAUUGAUGCUAGUAACGCUUUUAACCAAAUGAAUAGGUCAGCGGCCUUACACAAUAUCCAGAUCAUGUGCAAAGAAAUGGCGCUCUAUGUUAUUAACACAUAUAGAAGCCCAUCUAGACUGUUUAUUUGUCGGGGAGGUGAAAUACUUUCUCGAGAAGGCACCGCACAGGGAGAUCCGCUAGCGAUGCCAUGGUACGCACUUAAUACAUCCAUAAUGAUGCAGAAUUUGAGGGAUCAUUACCCAUUGGUUAAACAGGUGUGGCUUGCAGACGACUCAGCUGGAGGAGGGAGUAUAGUGCAGUUAUACAACUGGUACAGGCAAUUGAGUAAGGAAGGUCAAAAGUUUGGUUACCUUGUGAAUGGGACAAAGAGCUGGCUUAUUGUGAAGUCUAGGGAACUCGCGGAGGAAGCAAAGAGGCUGUUUGGAGAGGAAGUCAACAUAACGACUGAAGGUCAGCGCCAUCCGGGAGCAGUUAUUGCGUCGCAAGAAUACAAAGAUCAGUAUUGCGAGGAGAAGGUUCGUGCAUGGAAAGAGGAAAUCGAACGUCUAUCUGAAAUAGCGAAGAGCCAGCCUCGUGCGGCGUAUAUUGCUUUCACAAAAGGCUGCAAGUCGAAGUUCACCUACUUCAUGCGCACGAUUGAAUCGUUUGAAGUUUAUGUCGAUCCAAUCCAGGAAGUGAUUGAAGAUUUACUACUCCCAACUUUGUUCGGUCAAUCAGAGCCUCUCCCUAACGAGGUGCGCAGACUUGCUACCUUAGCAACGGGUCAAGGGGGUCUAGGCAUUCCUGAUCUGAAAUCCGAGGCACCGCAGCAGUUUGCUGCCUCGAGACUAAUAACCACCGCGCACGUAGAUUCUAUUACUUCACAGAGUUCCAUCAUGGUGCCAGGAGAAAGAUCUACGGAGGAGCUAAAGAGGCAUCAACAAUCACUUAAGAGAGCAAGUGCCAAAGAGAAAAUGGAUAGCAUUGAUUCAAGCCUCUCCCCAGGCCUGCUGCGUCUGGUUAAUCAAUCGAGGGACAAGGGCGCAAGUUCUUGGCUGAAUGCGAUGCCUCUCGCAGACAAAGGUUUAGCCCUCAACAAGCAAGAGUUCAGAGACUCGCUACGCUUGCGUCAUGACUUGCCCUUAGUCGAUUUACCAAGUCAUUGCGUAUGUGAGGAUAAAUUCACGGUUAGUCACGCCCUCUCUUGUAAAAAGGGGGGGUUUGUAGCGCAGAGACAUGACGGUGCACGGAACUUGUUAACGACAUUCAUCGACAAGAUCUGCAAUAAUAGAGAGUUUUAGAUCCGAAUUUACCGCAAACCUCUAACCGCUGGAAGUCACGUGACAAGUCUUUCGCGUCAUGUUUGAGGUUUACGACGUGCGUUUUCAACGUGAGGAGGUAGGUUUUCACGUAUGUCAUUUACCUGAAAGUUUUUAGCUUAUAAUUCUUGUCUUAUCCCACGUCAUGAUACAAAAAUCUUGUGGAGCAAGUCUCUAUCCAUUAACAGAGGCACAAAUUCGAGCGAAAUGCUAAAUUUGAUAAAUCCUAUUGGAUCUUGAACUCAAGUGCCAUUUAUGGCUACUGAUUCAAAUGGCGGCCGUAAAUUUGCAAGAAGAACUAAUGUAAGAAUUUACAGCUGUUUGCUGCUAGAUAACCCAGCGUUACCGUAAAUUUCUGUUAUUUCACUGAUUGAUAUUUCUUCUAUUUCUAAAUGGAAAAAUAAACCAGAAUCCACCUCUUUAAUCCACCGCCAAUCUAAAUCGAAUUAUGUUUGAACGUCGAACCGCAAACGGGUAACUGCAAACCGCGGUUAGAGGUUCGCGAUAAACUCGGAUCUAAAACUCUCUAAUGUCGAAAUCGAACCACGCCUUCAACCCCUGGACAACGAGCGAUUUCAUUUGAGGAGCGCUGUUACAAGUUCUGAGGCAAGGUUGGACAUCAAAGCGGGAGGUUUCUGGGCAAGAGAGUUACGGCAUUUUUUGAUGUUAGAGUUACGCACGUCAACUCCAAGUGUUACCAGAGCAAGCCAACAUCGGAAGUGUUCAAAGAGCAAGAAGAAGAGAAGAAGCGCAAGUACCAGCAGCGGGUGUUAGAUGUAGAAAUGGGUUCGUUUACGCCUUUAGUGUUUGGAACCAAUGGCGGAAUGGGAAACGAGUGUCAGCGGUUCUUAAAGCAUCUCGCAGACAAGAUAGCUCAGAAAGACACCGAGCCUUAUCAUGUUGUAAUCACUUGGCUCAGGACACAGAUCUCGUUUGAACUCUUAAGAUCGGUACAUGCAUGCGUCAGAGGUUCGCGAACGCCGUUUCGUAGCAAGAUAGAGCAAUCAUUAGACUGUAAAAUAAAUGUCGCUAGUGCGGAUAUCUGAAAUACGUGUCUAUAUGCUUUUAUACUUAGGGCUUUUUAUGGACACUGGUUUAGCCGUCAUUAGUAUUAUUCGAUUGUAUGAUCUUAAUAUCUCUGCAUAAUGGCAUUCUUUAUUUUAUAGAAUUUUGAACUUUUUAUUAUUAAUUAUAUCUAUAUCCUCUUCUUUUAUGUAAGGUUAAGUUACUUCUAUUUUUUAGAAUUUGUAAAUGAAUAGUUUCUUUCUUCACUUAUUAUAUAUAGGAUUCUUUUUGUUCUCUAAUGAAGCCCGAGGGGUUUCUUUUGUAACGGAUGGAAUUGUAGAUAGUGUUUUGAUGAAUUAAUUAGAUUUUUUGUAACAGCAGGUUGAUUGUAAAUAGGAUUUUAAUGGAGGUUUUGUAAUUUGUUAUUAUUAUUAUUAUUAUUAUUAUUUAUUUAUUUAUUUAUUUAUUUGUUUAUUUCCCAACGUUAGAGCCUUCGUUAUUUGGAGGAAAAUCUGCAGCUGAUGUAUUCAAGGUUUGUUCAUUUUUAAGGUUUGACCUCUUAAUACCCUCUUGAGACUACAGCUUACAGAAACAAUUAUAUGAAUAAAAAUGAACAACAUAUGUUACUUCACUUAGAGCAGGACUGAAGUGUUCCAUGAAAAAUCAGUUUGUUCGACUAUCGUGCAAUAAGUGAUCAUCAAGCAUUCGAUAAAGAUAGGAGGCUUGUAGCGAGAUUACACAAGUUUCUGCUUUAUAUUAAAUAUGUGCCUUUCCUUUUCCUCAGAAGUGAACCAUAAUUUAUCAAUCAUGCAAUUUUUACUGCAUUUGUAAAUUAAUAUUGAUAUUGUUGUUGUGUUUAUUAAGGCGAGUGAAACACCCAAGCCAGCAUUUGGAAGUGUCCCUUUUUCUCAAUCAGGAUUUGGAUCCCAGUCCUCUGGUGGUUUUGCUGGAGGCUCAUUCAGUUCUCAGGGGGGUGGUGUGCUGGCUUCAGGUUUCGGUUUUGGCGGCGGAGCCUCAUCUACGGGUAAGUUGUGUCAGCGGCGCCGAGCCUGUUGAAUUAGUUUAUGCCAACUCUUCACUGUAAUUGAAUAGUCUGGUUAAACCAGUAUAAGGGAACCUAUAACCAAGGGUGCAUUCAAUAAGGUAAGACAAGACUUCAGAACUAGAAAAAAAAAUCAGAUACUUCUUGAUUCUUGGAAAUUAAGUUGAAAAUGUGAAAGGUUUGAAGGAGUCAGUUCAUAAGUAGGUUGAGUAUGAUCGUCCGGGUGAACGUAGUCCUGAAUAGGACUGUUGUGGACAGCGACUGACGUUUUGAAAGCCUUUGCGGCAGUCAUCUUUAGAGUCAAAGUGAGUUUUAUCACGUCAGUUGAUGGUAUUCAACUAGUCAACAGUAGAACUAGUCAAUCGUAGUCAACUGACACCGGCACCGCACAUACGAUUUAUUGACGGGCUCAAGCAAAACGAAUGACUGGACAACCGACAAUUUGACUAACAACAAACGACCGUGAAAGUAGGUUGAAUAUGAUCGUCCGGGUGAACGAAGUCCUAAUAAAUGACCGUUUACGAUUGCGUUUUUUGUUGCCUUUAAUCGAAGUAACAGCUAGAAUAGACAGACCGCAAACGCAAAGAAACUGACAAAGGCCGAGGAUCGAAAUCCACCAAUCACCGCACAUACACUGACCUCAGUUUGAGCAUCGUGUUUUCUAAGAAGUCAGGUCUGUUGCACUGAUUACUGGCAAAAUGGCGUACAUGUAACAGUUUGUUGGGGUUUGAACUUCAGAACUCGCCCGCCCUCUGACUCGACUCUUACAAAAAAAGAAGAAAAAACAAAAUUCUGAGUUCGACUUGUGGAAAGUGUAGUUCUUAAAAAAAUAGUAAUCGAAUCAACAUUCGAUUAUUGAAUCGAGGCUGAAUAUGAAUAUUGGAUUGUUCAUUUUAUGCCGGAAUGGAUUAUUGAAUCAACAAACGAAAUAAUUUUUCCAUUAAUGAAUUCAUUAGUUCGUUAGCGACGGGAACGCUUGACCUGGUUUGACCUUAACAACAAUCCAAUUCAGGACUACGUUGACCCGGACGAUUAUGCUCAACCUAUCACACUGCUUUACGCCAAGAUCCUCUAUUUGCUGCAUUCUUGAUACCCUCCUUCGUCUGCCACCACCUUUGUAUCUAACACGAUCAGGUCUUUGCCCUCUUCUUCAAAAGGGUUCCCAAGGUCGUCAAGUACAUCCACGAGUGACCUGACAUCUUUGUGGUACGCUGCUUGAUAACCCCUCUCAGCUUCACGAUGGUUGUUUGUUCCAGGUCUAACUUCAGGUGCCAUGCAUGCCUCGAACUCGUUGACUAGCCGUGCCAUCUCAGGACCAAAUAGCAUCCACCUGCAAAGUGCGCUGGCAUUCUCUGUCAGACCCACAGCCCCUCCGUCAUCCUUGACCAUAGCAUUGUUCUGCUCGUGGGCCUGAUCAAUAGCUAUACAAGAAAAUCUUCGACGGGUUUUUGUGACGGUGAACAAACCCUGCUUGAAUGCCUCUGCUACUGCUGGUGCCUUACUGUCGAGUUCGCGCGCAUAUCGCGUACAUGUAUAGGGAGCCAACGGGCAUAGUUGGUAUGGUUUAAAGCAAAGAACCACGGAAGCAUCUUGUAAACUGCAUCUACGUACAUACCAAAGUCAGCAAGGCGGAGCGACUUUUAGAAAAACAAGGAGAAGAAGCUCCAGUUGAAGGGCUGUAUGCCAGUACUGAAACUGGGGUACUUUACGUCUCUGAUGGUUACACCACUCGUCAAAGGAAAGGGCACCAUUACCCAUUCCAUCUACGUACCUAUCACCAAGUGAAACAUUUUACUAAUAAGUUUUACGAUGUAACAAUCCAUUGAUAACAUAAUUAUCCUUAUUUUUAAAGCCUUAAACGGCAAUACCGGGAUAAAAAAUCCACCCUUUUUUAUUUCCAUCAGCCAUGCAUGUAAGAAAUUUUAUACAGAGCCGCAAGGUUGCUUAUCGCGCUCAUAUCAAAACUCGAUAUUAACUAAUAUAUCUGUUGGCUGUUUUCGGUGCUUCUUUUUGUAGAGUCUCGAGGACAGAAUGCAGUUGUUCCACGCUCUACCUUUAGCCAGCUGGAUUACGUCCCCGAAAGUUAAGAUCCUUAACCUUGUUGAGAUUUGAGUGAAGUGUUUGUAAAGCUAGUUAAAGCAGCAAUGUGCAGCUCAGCUAUAACUAAAACAUUAAGAUUUUCCCACCAGUUUUACCAUUGAAAUGACAUAUUUACCUCUGAUACGCUCUCUUUAGAAGAAUAAAUAAGGAGCAUGCUGUCACCUGAUGAGCCCCUUCGAGGCGCGUUACAUUUGUGGCCUUGAGAAACGAAUUAGCAGUUCCUGGCGUAGCAACGUUUGCAUCUGAAAGGACCACUGUCCACCCACUUCCCUCAAGCCAAUCUCCUAGCACCUUCAGAAACGCCAUCUCGAUGUGGAGUCCACCGAAUACUACAACGAAUUUAUCCUCGCCGUAAUGACUAGCCCAUCUCCACUGGUUUUUCGCUACAGCAUAUAAUGGCUGAUCUACGGCAAUGACUGGGACUUGACCUGGAUUCAGAUGAUCUACGGACAGUUUUAUCACGUUCAUGGCAUGUCUUAUCAUUGCAACCGAUUUUGCCUGAUCAGGAAAAAGUGGCAACAGAGCAGAAACAGCAACCGACGAAGGAGGCACAGUACGGUUGGUGAGAGUGAAAUGCAGCCCAAGAGACUUGGGUUUCCUCUUCGAAACUUUCUUGGUUAACCAAUAGUGCUAGCUUCUCUAACCAUGUGGAUUCAUCUUCAAAGCCGCAAUUAUGAGCUUUCAUCCGACUUCAUCUCUGAUACGUUGGCUGGAGGCUGGGCUUUACUUGUAGUUUCUUGUACCGGAAUGACUUCUGUGUAUGACGCUGGCAGUUCUUUUAUCGAUUUCUCGCUAUCAGCAUUUGUUGCGAUAUUUAUCGGUGCUUGUUCAGUACCAGGCGUAACUCCCGAUGGAUGCUGGAACAAAGAAAUGCCUGUGCCGUGGAAGGAAUCUUUUGAUGUUGUUGAGCUCGGAUUAUGAUCAAUAUUGUCCACGGCAGCUGUUGUAAAGAGACCCAGACGAAGAUUAGACGGACACACUGCACCUUCUUGCCAGUAGCGGCGACACACUUCAUUUCCAAGAUCCGUGGAGAUGCUCAAUACCCUGUCAUAUGAAAUAAAAGAUUCCAAGUUUAUGUAAGAUUUCUACGAGGUCACGGCAGCGUGUCUUGGCAUGUACAGAUACUCCAACAUAGAUUGGAACUGGAGACUCUCGAUUUAUUUCGCUUUUCUUCUUAACAUCUCCUUCACGGCGACGGAGAUAAGUAUUGUACUGUACUAGCUGUGCGAUGGUAAGAGCAGCCUGCCCUUUUGAAAAACUACCCUCUUCAGCGUUGAUAUUUGGAUCAUACAGGAUCAUGUUAACAAGGAUGGAUAGAACGCAGGACAGUCUCGUUGAAGGACCCAUUAAAUGAAUACUUAUAGUAUGUCUUUACGGACAAUCGCAGCUGCCUUCGCAAGGUGUAUGGCCUCAUCAUCAGUCUCUUUAUGGACCUUGUGAAGGAUUCCAACAUUCCAAAUGCCAAAUAUACAUCGCGUCCCUUAUUGUAAGGUUGGAGAUCAGGAACCUGAGCAAUUAUAUGUUCUUAAGGCGUGAACUGUUUGGUCGGUUCUCCAUCCCUAGCUGCUGCAGGCGAUUGGUAUACAUCUUCGCUAGGUCUGCUAGCUUAAAUGUAGGUAGCUCUCCCCCGCUAUUCGUGCGCGCUCCUCUAUAAACGUCACGAGAUCAAGGCAAUACCUUCUAGACGAUUGGCUUUUCAUCCCCUCGCACGGCAUCUCUUUUUGCAUAUUCUGUACCCUGUACAGCAUAGAUGACAAGAGGCGUGGUAGCUCGCCCUCAAGAGCGAUAGCUAACAACUUUCGUCAUUCAGUACAUUUGCGCAUUCCCCGAACAACAUCAAGAUCGAGACUAAGGGUCGAAACCCCAUGAAGUGGUUGUUUAUCAGAUUCGCAUAAAAACAAGAUGGACUGGAAUCAUUUGAGGGAAACCUUCGCCAGCUGGCGGCUCGUCUGGGGCUUGCAACUUUUUUGAUAGCGGGUUAUGUUUUGCAGCCGCAAUGCCGUCGCCUUCAUCUAGAUAAAUUUACGUGGGCAUGUAACCCAGAUCAAAACGUUUCCUAAAUUGUUCGCAAGUUUUAUAGCCUGCACCUUUAUCUGCUCGCCUUGAGUCCGUUCAGUUGAGGCUGUUUGAAACAAAAUAAAUUUUCUGGAACUUUAAUGCUAAAGUCCCUGGUUUGGUGGUGUAUUCGUUAUGAAAAGUCCAAUUUGAAUUGUUUGGCCAGAUAACUGUGAUGGCAGGUUGACCCGGACGAUUAUGCUCAACCUACUUAUAAGCUGAAAAUGUUUGAAUUUUUUUAGAUUAAUCGUUUACUUUAAAAGUACUUGUAUCUAAAGUUAAAGUUCAUCUCGUUUGAUUUAACAUUUUUUCCGAACUUUUGCUAAAGUCCCUGGUUUGUGGUGUAUUCGUUAUGAAAAAAUCAAAGGUAACUGAUGCGCUAAACAUACGUUAAAUUUUUGUGAAUAAUUGUCAAAUUAUCAGAUGUUACGGCAAAAGCGAUUUAUUCAGAAUUAGUACAAGCCACUUCCCACUCCACAACGAGAUAUCCACUUAGAUGAAACAAAAUGGCGGAGCUGAUAUGCAAAUUAGUUUCGACGCAAAGCAUUGUGGUUACUAUUAGGAAUCGUGGCAAAGGAAAUAUGGUAAAUGGGAUUCCGGAUGGUAUUCACUUUUUAUAUAUCUAUUCCUUCAUUGUUUUCAAAAAAAUACGUUAGCGACGGGAACGCUUGACCUGCUUUUUUUUUUGUUAGUUACGUUGUUCAAUAUUAAUUGUUCCUAUCCCUCUAUACUCUGAAUAUUUGUCCAUGUGUGAAGGUGUGUCAUGUUACUAUCAGGUGUCAGUACUGCUCCUGCUGCUAGUGGCUUUGGAUCACCUCAACCUUUUGCUUCACCCUCAUCAGCUGGUGGGUCUUCGUUUGGUGGUGCACCAUCAUUCGGUUCCAGUCCUGCAUUUGGAGGUGCACCAACAUUUGGUGGCUCUCCUCAGGCCCCAAGCUUUGGUGCCACUCCAUCUCAAGGGUAUGUUGUGCAGUCUCGGGUAAAGAAUGACGCGUUAUUUACAAAUAGGGAUUUGAAAUAGAUAUACAAUAAUUUUUAUUUUAUUUUAUUUUUAACAAUAUUUAGUCACGGGUGCCCAGUUUAGUGAGGCUGGUUUGAAUGGGGCCCUGUAUAACAAAAGUAAAGGAGGCUCAGUGUUCCAGAUCUUGGCUCGGCUGAACCUGAAGGAGCCCUAGUACUUAGUUGUCCUAGCUAGCGACAAACGGAGCAAAUCUCUAUGGCGCGUGUUAUUUGAAUAUAAUGAAUACAAUGCAAUACAAUAUACAUGGCGAAUUAUUAUUAGCGCAGUGUGGGAAAAACCUGGAAAUGAAGUUGGUAGUCAUUCAAGCAAAAUUUGAGUCUUGUUUCAUACAAAAGCAAAAGCAAACAUGCUGGCAAUUGCUUUGUGCGUUUUUCAUAAGCGGUCACUCUUUUUAUUUUGUUUUUUUAUUGUUAUUUAGGAUUUUUGGUGGUGGGAAAUCCGGUGGAUUUGGACAGUAAGUUUCAUUUUAACUGCAUUCUAGGCCUUAAAAUAAGUGAAGGAAUUACCAAUCGCAUGUUGUAUAGGAAAUUUAAGGUGGUUAGUGUUCGUGAUAUUACCCUUUGCUCAAUUAAAACGCACUUUAUCUUUAGAGAUAAAGAUAUCACUCUGUAAAAUCUUAGGUUUGAUUGCCGAGGAGAAGACAGCAGAAUAAGUGCAAAGUGUAGUCCUCAUAUACUCGUCCAAAAUUGUUAUACGACUUUUACUGGUAUAUUUUGUUGUAGUAGCUCUGUAGCAAAUAAACUUGUUUUACUCGACAGGUCUUCAGGUAGCCCGACAUUUGGCGCCUUGGCAUCUCAACCCAACGUUCCAACGUUUGGAUCCUUAGCAGGACAAUCUUCACCGUCGCAAAGGUUUGGUACCACUCAGCCAUCGCUGCAACAGCAAUCUCCUUUUAGUUCGUUUGGUGGUGCAUCGCAGUAAGUUGUUGUUGUUGUUUUACACCCUACAGUAAUUUAUACAAAUCAUCCCUCUACGACAAACACCCCUGUAGCGUGAACAUCCCUGUCGUCUUGACAAUCCUGUACAGGAAACCGUAUUGUGAGGUAGACACCCCUGUAAAGGAGACGCUCCUUUAGCGUUAACACCCCUACCGCACAGUAGGAGAUUCUAUUGUGAGGUAGAUACUCCUGUAAAAGAGACGCUUUUGUGAGGUAGACACCCGUGUAACGUGGACAUAUCUGCAAUGUGAACACCCCUGUAAAGAAGACGCUAAUGUGAGGUAGACACCCCUGUAACGUGGACAUAUCUGUAAUGUUAACACCCCUGUAAAGGAGACGCUACUGUGAGGUAGACACCUUUGUGACGUGGACAUAUCUGUAUUGUUAACACCCCUGUAACGUAGACAUAUCUGUAUUGUUAACACCCCUGUAAAGAAGACGCUAUUAUGAGGUAGACACUCCUGUGACGUGGACAUACCUAUAGUGUUAACACCCCUGUAACGAAGACGCUUUUGUGAGGUAGACACCCGUGUAACGUGGACAUAUCCGUAUUGUUAACACCCCUAUAAAGAAGACGCUAUUGUGAGGUAGACCCCGCUGUGACGUGGACAUACAGCUAUUUUGAGAAAGGUUGUCGGCAAAAAUGUGCACGCGACAAUCCUGAAAGGUAAUAUGGGAUAUGAUCAAUACACUGUUUCUGACACUGUAGCUGUAAAAAUUUGUUUUAUUGCUUUCCUUUAGCACGCGCAAACAUACAUCCACCGCCUCUUGUGUCAUUCUUUCAAAUGUCUUUGAAGAACAGCGAACUCAAAACCACCCACAAUACCUUUCGGGAUUGUCGCGUGCACUUUUUCCGACACCGUUUCUCGAAAUAGCUGUAUCUGUAUUGUUAACACUCCUGUAAAGAAGACGCAAUUGUGAGGUAGACAUCCCUGUGACGUGAACAUAUCUGUAGUGUUAACACCCCUGUAAAGGAGACCCUAUUGUGAGGUAGACACCCCACCCCUGUUGUGCAGGUGCCUCUGUAGGGUAGGCAACCUUGCUUGGAUGAACAACUUGUUGUGCUCAAUAUCUCUCCCGGUGCUCCUUAUGUUUAGUUUCGCGUUUUCUUUUUUGUUGUUGCUUACGUUUUAUUUCCUUUUCAAAAUUCGAUUAAUUUGUUUUGUUUUGUUUUUUUCUUUGUUUGUUUGUUUUAUUCUGUCUUGGAUUACUCCGAACAUGUUAUUUCUCUACAGAAAUCCCAGCGGCGUUUCUUUUUCGCAGUGGCGGUAGCAUGGUUUAACCACAUUGUUGCUUCUUAACAACUUGUAUGGCGAAGCAGUAAGGGUGAUUUGAUUGCUACUGUUGGAUGUAAAGAGAGCAAGUCCUCGACAGUGAAAUUAGAGAAAUGUUCUCUAACCUUUGCAGUCAGUCCAGUUACUGAGUAAAUAAAGGUUUUGUUAGGAAAUGUUUAACAUUGUAAACACUAAUAUACAAUGCUAUGAUUGGUUUGUAUGCAAUAAAGUAAAGAAUGCCAGUUACUGUCUUGUAUACUUCGCUUGAUCACCUCUGAUUUGUUGACCAUUUUUUUUCUUUGAACUUUGAUUUGUCACUGGUGACCAACAUUUGCAGAUGUCAGUAUAUUAAGGGAAUGUAUGCAAAACUGAAACGUCUUUGUUUUAUUUGUUAGCAUACGGCGAGGAGAUGGUGUAACUUGUCUUGCUGAAAUGUUCCAAGAAAAACAGUUCAACUUGAACUGUUAUUCUUGUCCUUGUUUAUUCGAAAAAAUGUCUUUUCAUUUUAUG